AGAUAGUAAAUCUUAAUUCUUAAAUCGUGCCACGGGCUUAGAUUAACCUAAAUCUUAGACUAAAAUUCUUAUUUCUUACUUCUUAGUUCUUAGUCCGUGCUUCCACCGUAGAAAUAUCUUAAAUUUCGUUUUCAGUUUUAAUACAAUAAUAAUAUAAAAACUAAUUUCUAAUUGAUAGAUUCUUCAUAUGAUAUAGUUACUAUUUUAAAGGAAAAAGAAAUGGAUGCCUUACAUACUUCAUCAUCUGGAAGUGAGUUAAACCAAGUUUUGAAAUCCAAUGCAUGUGGACCAACAAAUUUUAGAAAUAGCUCUCACUCUGUUAGAUUACUUGAAGAUUUACUAAUUCUCCGCAAAAGUGAAGUUUUGUGUGACAUAAGAUUUAAAACGGACGAUGGUACUAUAAUAUUUGGACACAAAAAUGUUUUGAUGGCAGCUAGUCCAUACUUCAGUGCAAUGUUUAGUAAUUUUGAUGAGAGCAAUAAAGAUCUUGUUAAUAUAAGAGAAUUAGAUUCCACUAUUUUAAGACAAUUAGUAGAUUAUAUUUAUACUGGAGAAAUUAUGAUCACCAAGGAAAAUGUACAGGUUUUGUUACCAACUGCCAAUCUCUUACAGUUGAACUAUGUGAGUGGUGCAUGUGCUGAGUUUUUACAAACACAACUAGAUCCUUCAAAUUGUAUUGGUAUCAAAGAAUUUGCUGACUUACAUAACUGUAUGGAAUUGGUGUUGAGUUCUGAAGCAUACAUUAAAAAACGGUUUUUAGAAGUGGCUGAAUGUGAUGAGUUCCUAUCUUUAUCUUUUCAAAAAUUGUUAGAGCUUAUCUCCUGUAAUGACUUAUCUGUUUCAUUUGAAGAAAAAGUGUUUGAAUGUGUUAUCAAUUGGGUAAAACAUGAAUUGAUCUGUCGAAAGGAUUUUUUGGAAAAAUUAAUGGAACAUGUACGCUUGCCAUUGGCAUCAACACAAUAUAUAUUACAAAAAGUAAUUAAAGAACCUCUUCUAAAACAUAGUCCUAAAUGUAAAGAUUAUGUAUUUGAAGCAUUACAUUUUAACCUUCUUAAAUCAGUUCAGCGUUUCACCAUUCCACUAUCGAUUCGAUGUAGACCUAGACAGUUUGAUAAUUCACAAAAAGUAAUUCUAAUGUUCAGUCAGUCAGAUACAUUGCCAAAUUGUUAUACACAAUGGUAUGACCCAUCAAUAAACCUACGAGAGAAUGCACCUGGAAUUAAUCAUAGCUGUGUGACAGCUGGUGUAGGGGUUAUAAAAGAUCAAUUUGUAUUUGUUGUGGGAGGGAUGAAUCGAUCAAGUUCUCGAUCUGUUAGUAUGCUCGAUGUAUCUUUACAAUUACCCUGCUGGGUGCCAAUGGUCGACAUGUUAGUUAGUAGACAUCGAUUAGGAGUUGGCGUAUUAGAUGAUUGUUUAUAUGCAGUUGGUGGACAUGACGACACAAGUGCAUUAAAUAGUGUAGAGGUAUUUGAUGUCGGUAUUCAAAAAUGGCGAAUGGUGACUAGUAUGACAAUUGCAAGAAGUCAUUUGGGUGUUUGUGUACUCAAUAAUCGUUUAUACGCGGUUGGAGGUAAUAAUGAUUCAUCAACAUUGAAAUCAGUAGAAUGUUAUGAUCCCAGUCUUGACACAUGGACACAAGUUGCAGAUAUGUCUGUAUGCCGCAGUGGAUUUGGUAUAGGAAUAUUGGACGGUGUUAUAUAUGUUAUUGGUGGUUAUACAGAAUCAGAAUUUCUCAAUAGUGUCCAGGCCUUUAGCCCAAGUGACGGAGUUUGGUCGACUAUUGCUGAUAUGGAGGCCUGCCGAUACAAUCCUGUAAUUUCAUUAGAUGGUUUAUUGUAUGUUAUGGGUGGAGACACAGAUUCCUAUGCGGUGGAUAGUGUAGAAAUUUACGACCCAAACACAAAUACCUGGUCAAAAAGAGAAACACUUUUAACUGACCAAAUUUAUAAUGGUGUAGUUGUUCAUAGGCCACCACAUUUUAGAACCAAUUAACAUAGAAUAUAACAAAAUCACUAUACAUGGUCUCAUGGUUAGUUUUUUAAUGUAUAGUUUAUAUAGUUACAGUUAUUUUUCCAAUUUUAGUUUUUGUAGUAAAUGUUUGAUUAAAAUGUUUUUGUAUAUU